AUUUGAACUGCGCAUCACUUUUCAAGUAAAUAAUCUUCUAAAUAUAAAAAUCUAACCUAGGUUACAGAUCGACUACAAAGUACAUGUAUAUACAAGUGUAGAUAGAUAGUGUAUAAUAAGAGUUGACUCCUUUCGGUUACUUUAAUCUUGAUUGCAAGGGCGAACUGGGGUGAGUACCAGCCUACCCGCAAGGUUGUUUAGAUGCAAUAUGUGAACCAAAAAUAAUGGGAUGUCGGAUAUGUGUGUAGCUACGUACGUGGAGCACGUACGUGAAGGCAUGAAGGGUAAAUUCCAACGAAUGAGAUUUAGGCGUACGGCUCCAAAAGGAAUCCUGGUUUUGAGAACAGGCAUAAGGAUAUAAAACAAGUGAAAAGGGCUGUUCCCCCCCUUUUCUAACUGUUUUUUUUCUCAUCCCUUUACUGUUCAGAACAGGCUUUGUAAUACGAGUAGGACGAGAGGCAAGAGUUGACCAGUGAAACAUUGGAGGUAGAGUCAUUCGUUACUAAAACCGGCUUGUACAAUAAUCCAACCAUCCUCUAAGCGCCUAUCAACUCCAACCAACCAUCAACAUACACUGUCAAUCGUUUAGGGAGCCUUACUGAGAUUUACAAUAUGCGAUUCACGCUCGCUUUCGUUUCCGCCCUUCUGGGCAUCGCCAUUGCGGCUCCUCAAGGCAUCACCGACAAGCUAACUCCCACUGGCACUGCACCAGCCGGUUGCACGGGUAGCUUCGACGGCAAGUUUGAGAUCAGCGUCGCAGAGGUUACUGAGAAGCGAAGUAUUUCUCAGCCUCAGAAACGCGCCGAGUGCGGUAGUGAUGGAAUUCUUGUGUUGACUUUGAAGGAUGGUUCUACGUUUGACGCCAAAGACCGAACCGGUUACAUCGCGUCCAACUACCAGUUUCAAUUCGAUGCUCCUGCCCAAGCUGGUGCUCUCUAUACUAGUGGAUUUUCCGUCUGCGAAAACAAUAUUCUGGCGUUAGGAGACUCCAAGACUUUCUACCGAUGUCUGUCUGGCGACUUUUAUAACCUAUACGAUCGCGAUUGGGCUCCCCAGUGCUCACCUGUCUCAAUCAUCGCCGUCCCAUGCGGUUCAGACGACCCGGCCUCGCAGAUACCUGAUGGUCAAGUUGUCGGCACUAGCGUUGUUCUGACUACUAUCGUCACCGCUUUGCCAGACGGCCAGCCGCAGGUUGUUACGACUUCAGUCCCUGUUCCCAUCUGCCAGAUCGGUGAUGGCCAAGUGCAACAGGUUACUACGCCUUGCGCCUCAGUAACACCUAGCCCAACGAGCACGUAUGUGCCUGUGAGCGAGCACACGGAUGGCCAGGUCCAAGUCACGCCACCAGGCAGCGCACCUGCUCCCCCGGCUACUCCGACGGCCACUCCCACACCCAUCCCAUCCGCCCCUUCGGCUCCGGUCUCGUCGGCUCCCGGGCCCUCGGCUCCCGCACCCAGCAGCGUACCGAGCUCUUAUACCAGCGCCAGUGCAACCGCCAGCGCCAGCAUUAGCUCUAGUGCUAGUGUUACCGUUCCGGUGAGCUCAUCACCACCGAGUCCUAGUGCUCCUAGUGAGACUUCGGCACCGCCCCAGAGCGGAUCAUCGCGUAUCUCGGUUGGAUCUGUCGGUGCGCUAGUCUUCACCGCAAUGGUGGCCUUUUUCUACCUGUAAAUAAAACCAGCACACUCUUAGGAUAAGUUUAUCAGACAAGAUGGUAUAGCAAUAAGGGUUGCAAGUGACUAGGAUUGCUUUAGCUUGGAAAGCUUGGAACUAAUGCAUGUGUAUACCAUCACGAGAUGGUUUAAUGUGAGAUACGAGGGAAAUGAGGAGUAACAUAGUGAUAGCAACAUGGGAGUUAGGACAUAAUGUUAUAAAAACCUGUAGCAUAUCAAUGCAAUACCAUGGUUCGAACUUCUUUAUCUUGAUGUCUCUGCCAGCUCUCUGCCGGAAAAGGUAUUACUUACCUAGGUGAUAAACGGUACGACGAGAUGUUGAUUGGGUUCGUCAACAAACCUAAAAUAUUAGGUUAAUCCUAUUGAUAGUUACCUACCCUCAAAUAACUAAAAGCGGUUGGUUGUAAGACAUACAUACCUAGGUAGUGAUAUUGGGAUUGGAAUA